CAUACAGACGACUGCUUCGGAUGUUUUCCACAAAAUGGAGCAGGAGAAACUCAGCUGUUCGAUCUGUUUGGAUCUACUGAAGGAUCCAGUGACUAUUCCCUGUGGACACAGCUACUGUAUGGACUGUAUUAGAAGCUACUGGGAUGGAGAGGAUCAGAAGGAAACCUACAGCUGUCCUCAGUGCAGACAGACGUUCAGACCGAGGCCUGACCUGGUGAGAAACACUGUGAUGGCAGAUUUAGUGGAGGAAGUGAAGAAGACCAGAUCUAAAGCUGAUCUCUGCUAUGCUGGACCUGGAGAUGUGUCCUGUGAUUUCUGCACUGGGAGGAAACUGAAAGCUGUCAAGUCCUGUCUGCAGUGUCUGGUCUCUUACUGUGACCAACACCUCCAGCCUCACUAUGAUGUUGCUGCAUUAAAGAAUCACAAGCUGGUGGAUCCGUCCAAGAAGCUUCAGGAGAACAUCUGCUCUAGUCACAAUGAGGUGAUGAAGAUUUUCUGCCGCACUGAUCAGCAGUGUAUCUGUUAUCUGUGCUCCUUGGAUGAACAUAAAGGCCACGACACAGUUUCAGCUGCAGCAGAAAGGAACGACAAGCAACGAGAGCUGGCAGCGAAUCGAGAGAAGAUCCAGCAGAGGAUCAGAGAGAAGGAAGAAGGUGUGAAGGUGCUGCAGCAGGAGAUCGCCGAGCUGAGGAGGAGAAGCUCUGAGCUGGAGCUGCUCUCACAAACAGACGACCACAUCCAGUUUCUGCAGAACUACACCCUGCUGGGGCGUCUCAGUGAAGCUACAGACUCAGCUGUGACUGAUAAACCUCAGGACGUUCUGAGUGAAGAGUCCACAGAGAGAUCACAGAUCAACGCUGAAGUGGGGGUUUUGCUGUCACAAGCAGAUCAAAAGAUCAGAGAUGAACUCUUAAAAUACUCCUGUCAAACCACACUGGAUCCAAAUACGGCACAUUGGUGCAUCAGGGUAGAGGAUGGAUUCAGAGCUAUGCAUAAGUUUGCUCAUGAACCCUUAGGUAUAGUUCACCCAGACAGAUUCACUGACUGGUAUCAGGUGUUGUGUAGAGAGAGUACGACUGGCAGUUGUUACUGGGAGGUGGAGUGGAAGGGAGGAGAAGUUUUUAUAGCCGUCUCACACAAAAGCAUCAGCAGAGCAGGAGCAGGAAGUGCAUUUGGAAACAAUGACAGGUCCUGGGCUUUACAGUGUUUCCCUGAUGGUUAUGAAUUCAGACACAACAACUGCAGAACUCCCAUCUCAGGUCCUCCGUCCUCCAGAAUCGGAGUUCACCUGGAUCACCCUGACAAGUCCAAUGAUAGCUUUCUGUCCUUCUACAGCAUCUCUGACACCACGACUUUAAUCCACAGAGUUAAGAUGCAGUGGAGUCAGCCGGCCUGUCUUGGGUUUGGUUUAUAUCAUUAUUCUUCUGCUGAAAUCUGCAAACUUUGAAACACAUAAAGACAACAGUCAUGCAAGUUAUCUGGAGGGUGUUUCUUGAUUUAAAUCUGUGUCGUGACACUAAAACAGGAAGAAUCACGUGUCUCUUAUUUUCUGCCAGUCAGGUUGAAUUGAAAGUUGAUGUUUAUCAGAAAAAACAACAGGACAUGAUUUAAAAAACAUACAACAUGUUAGAUUGAACUUCUUUGAUUAUGUGACAGAUUAUUAUUGGGAUGCUUGGAGUGUUCUCCAGCUGCUUUGAUCAUAUACAAUCUUUUGUCUGUUGUAACAGUUUUGGUUUGAUUGUUGACUUGUUUAUUGAUCUAUACAGCUUGAUUUAUGUGUAUACUGUAAUGUUAAUGACAUUCUACUAACCUCACCAUUAAAUAUAUAGUAAAACUC